AUGAAUGAACUAAAGGAGCUAAGCAAGAAGGUGAAAGAAAACACCACAGUCAAAAAAGAGGAAAAGAAAAAUGAACCGGAAAUAAAAAACCUAUUUGAGAAUUUCCUGAGUAACAACUCGAUAAAUUACAUAAGCUCCUUCAUAAACAAAACGAAUGGGAUUGAUAAACCGGGGGAGAAUGACCAAGGGGAAGGAAUUCCCCAGGGUGAGGACCAUUUGAAACCCGCACGUCAAAGUGGGGAGAAGCAGACAUGUGGUGAACCCACUGAUGAGAAGGGAAGCUAUCCACAGAACGAUGCACCACCUGGUAAGAAGCACCUUACGGAGAGAAGGAAACAAUACAAGGACGAUUCAGAAGGACACCCUGUGGAAAACAAAAAUGUAAGCCUCAUAAAUGUGAAGAAAAUUUUGCAGAACAAGAAGAAUGUCGAUUUUAAAGACUUGAACAAACUAAUUAACCAUUUUGAUGAGGAAAUAAUUGAGAGAAGUAAAAAGCUGGAAAAGUUCAUGAACAAAAAUAAAAUAAAAAAUGAUUAUAGUGAGCAAAUUUUAAUGAUAGAAAAAUUUAGCAGAGAAAUGAGAAUUAUUGAAAAGAACUUUUCCCAGAAGGAGGACCCGCUCUACCAGAUGUAUUUGAUGAAAAAGGAAAAGAAAAAAAGCUACGACUCGUUAGUCUUUUUUAAAAAUUUCUUUAAAUGUUUAAAUAAUUACCUUCAUCUUUUAGAGAAAGCCGAAACAAAUUAUAAAAAAUUAAAAAUAUGGAAAGUGUUACUUUAUCUGCGUAAUUGUAAGACACAUAUUUUGUUAAUAAGGGCCAUUUUGAAGUCAGCACAAGAGGGGAAUGUGGAUGGGGAAGCUAUGAAUGUGAUGCGGCCACAGCUUAACAUGGAAAAGUCCACCCCCUCCGAUGGCCCUCCCCAGUUCGAUGACUCCACACUAUUGGGAAAAUCGAAUGAUGAGGACAAGUAUAAUGACAUAUUGGGGAAUGAGACAAACAGUGAUGGGAUCCCCACAGAUAAACAUGUUGAUACAAAAUUGAUAGAAGAUUUGAAAAAAAUGUUUUUAACAGAUUCAGUUGAAGAGGAGCAAAAUGAAAAACCCACUCUUAUGAAGGAAAUCAAAAUGAAGUACGACCAUCUCCUUAACAAUUUAAGAUGCAUCGUCCAAGUCACCUUUGAGAAAAUGUUUCUCUUCGACGGGAUCAUAAAAAUAUGUAAAUAUAUAUAUCUUAACCCAAGAGACACAUUUGCAGAAAAUGAAGAAAAUAUUCAGGGGCCAAAAAUCUCCUAUGUGAUGUUUUGGCAUAUGGCUUACAUUCUGAAAAUGCACAGGAAGUACAUGGAGGAAAUAAAAAAACAUUUAUUUUUUAACCUCUUCAAAUUUAUGGUCCUCUUCUACUGCCUUGCCAAAAAUGUGAAUUGGAAAAAAGUAAUAAAUAAUCUCCAUCAAAUGGAACAUAAAUCAUACUCGUUGAAUUAUGCAGAUGUGAAGAAAUUUGUUUCUAGUAUUGUACAAAAAAGAAAUGGCGUUGAUUUGUGCACACAUGACUCUUGUAGCCAUUUUGGCAUGUUUAAAAGUUUCAUCUUUUGUGAGCAUGAUGGAAGAACUUCCGUGGGUGAGGAAGAGGACGCAGGAGGCAAUGAUCCUUUCACUGCUCUUUGUCUAAGUGAUUAUAUAAUUGAGGAUGACGAUAGUGUUGUCAUCGAUGUGGAAAAUUUUUUUGGCAAUUUUUUGGAGUCCUUGGAGGGAGCUCAGAAGAUAAGCCAAUCGAGUUGGUUACCUCCAGAGGGAUCUUCCCCUUUUCAGGGCGGCAAAGUUGAUCUGGAAGGGUCAAAUGACUUGAAGAGUGACGAUGUGAAAGGAAAGCAAGGAGCUGACAGUGGAAGCGCUACGCUUCAGCUCGGCUUCGGUGCUCCUGUUGAGCGGGAAAAGGUGACAGACUGUGCCAAUUUCUUCACCGCACUGUCGCGCUGUUUAUUUGAGUUUCACGCCGUGGCAGAGUUGCUGUUUGUCGAGAGUAGGAAUGGAGGCAACGGCAUGUGUGGAGCAGAAGUGAACGAAACGGACAAAACGGGUGAAGCUUCCCCCCUCGACAUUACCAUCGAGGAAGGGGCUCACGCGGGCGAACUGAAAGACGCAUUUGACUUUUACUUUGGUGCCCAAAAAGGGGAAGAAAAUGGAGGCGAAAUGUAUUUUGUGGAGUACGAAUUGGAGGUACAUGAGCAGGGCAGGUUGAACAAUAUGAAGGAGAAAAUAAGGAGCAAAUAUGAACAGAGCAUGGGUGAACAAAGCAAGGUUGAACAUGUGGAGAGCGGAAACGCAAGUGAACCCCCGAGUGGGCAGGCCGCCUUCUCCCACUACAUGCUGAACAAAGAGUUGAACCAAAAUCUCUUUACCUAUUUUCACCAAAUAAAUAGGAAGAGAAAUAAUUUCAGUCACAUUUUCGAUGUGUACUUUAUGUACAGAUGGAAGAAGGAAGAAAAAAAAUUCGAUCAGUUGGUUAAGAAGAUUUUCCACAAAAAUUUUCACCAUCACCUUGAUCAGACCUACACCGUCCUGAGGGAAAUGUUGCUCUUUAAAAAAGAGGGGGAUUACAUACUAGUAAAUUCCAGCUUGGAUGGUUAUCUGUACAAUCUCUUUUUUGAUGAGGAUAAUAAUUAUGCUUUAAAAAAUGUGGAGGGCUUGACUUACCGUUCGGUUGUGAAAUUCGUUGAGGCGGGACAAGGUGCCUUGAGGGAAGCACUACAAGCAAAGGUUGACAAAAUAAUUGCGCAAAAAAAUAUGCACAGUAAGGGGAUCACGGGUGGGGGAACCUACUGGGGCGGGGAAACUACCUGUGUGGAUAUCCCUGGGGUAGGAAAAUCGAAGAAAGGGCUGCCCCCAGGUGGGGAUGUCAAGAAGACCGUUUUGAGUAAAAAAGGGGGGAAAGACACCCCUCAUGGGGGAUGCGAAGUGGGACAUGCGGGAAACGAAGACGAGAAGGGUGAUAAGUGCGUUCAAGACAAUGAAGGGGGUGUGGGGGGGACCCCCACAACGGACAAAGCGAUCUUAAGUGUGACCGCCGAGCAAUAUCGCAUAGACUGUAUGCGCAUCCAUAAGAAUUUGCUCUACGUCUUUUUCGUAAUAUACCGGAUUGUGCACUAUUCAUACAAAGUUUUGCUCGACAUGAAGGGAGCAGCAUGGAACGACCAAUCGGUACACCAGAUUGAGGGGGGGGGAACUGAAGAGCAAAAAAGGAAACAAAUCAUUGCAAUUAAUACAGUCUUAUUUUGCUACAAAAUUGUUAAGUACAUUUAUGACGCAUUUUUAAGUUAUUGCUUUUUUACAUUUCGAUUUUCUUGUUUUCCGAAGGUGCCAUGUGAAAAUGAAUUUUUGUUGAGCGUAAUUAAUGAUAAUAUAUUUUUAAAAAAGGUUUUGCAAAAUGUUUAUUCUGUUUUCUUGCACCAUCAGCAUUUGUUCAAUUUGUCCAUGUGUGUAGAUGACAUAAUUUCUUUUAAAAAUGUGCAGUUGAGGGAGGAUGGUGGCUUCUGUCAAAGGGGAAGCAACGAAUGGGCCGACGAAGAGCACAUAAAGGGUGGUCACAUCACAAAUAGUGAACAGAAGGAUAGGAAGGAUUGUAACUCAAAAGGUACAAAAUUACGUGCAGAGGGAUAUAUUCUCAAACAAAAUGAAGAAAAAAAAAAAUCGAAUUGUCCCCCAAAAGAGUACUUGCAUUGUAUAAACAAAAUGAGCAUACUGAAGAAGAUUCACCUGUAUAUUGAUAAGUUCCAAAUAAAUUUGAAUUUUUUUAAAAAUAUGUUUGUAAAAAUUUAUAAGGACAAAUUUACGCGCCUUCUCCAGAAGGAUACACUUUUCACGGAGGAGCAAUUCUUAAUCAACAUGUCCAAAAUAGUGAAUAUCAUUUUUGAGUUUUUUCAAAUUCAGGACUUGUGUAAAAUUGCACACACGGAUAUUACCUUGCGUUUGGUGGAUUAUUUUUUUUUUCUUAUCAACGCGCAGGUGUAUACCUUUACAAAGGAAAGGGGCAGAAUGGAUGAGGAUGAGCGGCAACUGCUCUAUAACAAAUUGGUGUUCACUCAGAAUAGCUUGUCCUUCGUUUUGCACAGCUACGCAGACAACUGCGGUGAAGAGAAGAACCACGCGCAGCAAGAGGAAAAUUACUUUCUAAGAAUAACCGACGAGCUGCCCUUCAGUUUAACCAAUUUGAAAAAGAACAAGGCGCUGUUUUUACUCCUGUUCUGUAAAGUCAAGCAGAUCCUGAAUGCCAAAAAGGGGAUACUCGAAAUGCACGACCCGAAGAUGGUUCAGGCGUUGUUGGCUAACAACCCGCAUGUGUAUGAGGACGAGAAUUACGACGCGAUCCUCAACGAGUUUAAGUGA